AUGGAUGCUAGAGAGGAGUUGCUGGCGAAGCACAGGAAGGAGAAGCGGGACCUGGUGAACAGGAUCACGGGGAUGAAGAAGCAAGCGACGAAGGCGAAGAGGAAAGAGGUGAAUAGCAAGUGUGAGCAAUUGGAGCAGGAGCUGAGGGAGAAGCACGAGCAGGAGCUGAAGGAGCUGGAUGGCGAGGGCGGUGACGUGGAGGAAGUGACCCCCGAGCAACUGCUGGCACAAUUGCAAGUUGAGGAUGACGGUGCCAAGGAAGCCAACGAGGCCAACGAGGCCAAGGCAGACAAGGAAGCCAAGGUGGGGCCCAGCCAGCAGCCAAAGAAGAAGAGGAAUAGACAGAAGGAGAAGCUUGCUAGGAGAGAAGCUGAGAUAGCGCGGAUGAAGGAAGAGGCGAAGAAAGAGGCUGCCGAGCAGCCGGACCUGAAGAAGAUCGAGCAGGACGCCAUAUGGCAACUCUGUCAGAUGAAAGGUCUUGUGCCAUACGACAUCCAGCCUGAUGGCCAUUGUCUGUUUGCCUCCAUCUUGGACCAAGUCAAGACACGUCACGGAGACCCCCAAACAGAGAUGGACGUGCAUACCUUGCGGUGCUUGGCGUGCGACUAUAUCUUGGAGCACAGAGAUGAGUUUAUUCCGUAUCUGUUUGACGAGGCUACAAUGUCUCUGAAAGAUAUCGAUGAGUACACUGAAGAGAUGAAAAGUACUGCCAAGUGGGGUGGUGAAGUGGAGAUUCUGGCAUUGUCAAAGGCACUGGACUGCCCAAUAUCGGUGCUGAUGUCUGGUCAAGCAACACACACCGUCAACGAGACGGGCUCGAAGCCUGAACUGAAACUGGUCUACUACAAACACACAUAUGCUCUGGGUGAGCAUUACAACUCCCUAAGAGACAGCAAGAUAUAA